AUGAAGCGGUCGCUGCGGCUCGUGACUUGGAACGUCAAUGGGCUGCGCGCCGUGCUGCAGCGUCUGGGGCAGAAUCUGCAGCAGUUUCUGGAGGGUCUGGAGGCGGAUAUUAUCUGCCUGCAGGAGACCAAGAUGACGCGGUCGGAGCUCGAUCAGGAGCUGGUGCGCCCGCCAGGAUUCGACGCAUUUUACUCGUUUUGUCGACAUCGUGGAGGCUAUUCGGGUGUGGUAACGUUCGUCAAGAGCGAUCUGCCGACUGUAGCGGCGGAAGAAGGGCUGACGGGGCUCUGGCAGGCCAAAGACAGCGUGGGGCACCUCGGGUCUUUGCAAAACGAGCUUUCCUCGAAGCUAGUGAGUGACUUGGAGGCCGAGGGGCGCUGUGUCAUUACCGACCACCAAGCGUUUGUGCUACUCAACACCUACUGCCCAGCACUUGCUUCAGCUGAUCGACUGGAGUAUAAACUCCAGUUUCAUGCUUUGUUGGAAGACCGAGUUAGGGCUCUACGGCGGGCGAACAAACGCGUCGUAGUUGUGGGAGAUAUUAACAUUGCACACCGCGAAAUUGAUCACUGUGAUCCUGAUACCCAUCGAGCGGAUGGUAGCUCUUUUGCCGACCAUCCCUGCAGAAGGUGGAUGGAUGGCUUUGUUGGAAAACCAGAAGAGCAGGAUUGCAAUUUUUAUUCUGAGCCGAAAUCUGGGUACGAGUUUAAAAUGGUUGAUGCAUUCCGGCACUUCUAUCCUACGCAGACUAAAGCAUUCACGUGCUGGAAUACGCAAACAGGGGCACGCCAAACAAACUAUGGUACUCGUAUUGACUACAUAUUGGUAGACCCCGCAUUUCUUCAGUCUGUAACUGCGUGCAGUAUCGAAGCAGACCGCCUUGGAUCUGAUCAUUGCCCCGUGGUCAUAUCUUGCACCGUAGAGCUCGAAACCGAUUCGAGCAUCAACCGUGGGAUCACUGCAGCAUUGUCCGCAAAGAACUUCGUCGAGUUCUCUGGCACACAGCAGAGUAUUAAGUCGUUCAAACGGAUAAACCAAUGCCAACAGUCGAUCACUUCCUUCUUCAGCAGUGCAGGGAUCAAACGGAAGUCACCUCCAGCGGAUAAAUGGGUUGGCGGUGAUGAUGAUUCAAGUGCUUAUCAACUUUUUUCAAGCGGUGUACAAAUUGUGCAUCGGUCGAGCAAGCGAAAAACUGCGGAAGAAGGAAAACUCGAGUGGCAACAAGUGCUUAGUGGGCGGCCUCCUCCAACGCCAUUAUGUUAUUGCGGUCAACCGACUGUUCUUCGCUCAGUUGUGAAAGCAAACGAGAACUGGGGACGCAAGUUUUACGUUUGUACCAAACCAGCGGGCGAGAGGGGCAACCCUGAUGCAAGAUGCGAAUUCUUCAAGUGGGCCGACAACAAAGGCCCCAAGAAACCAAAGGCUCAGUGA